AUGCUGGGCGCCGCGCCCAUCGCGCUCAGCUGGCUGGCGCUCAUCUUCUGCGAGUACGAACCCGUCUGGCUGUGCGUCGCGCGCUUCGUGUCCGGCCUCGGCGUCGGACUCGUCUACGGCGGCAUGCCGACCUACGCGGGGGAGAUCUCACAGGCGGACGUCAGAGGCGCGCUCUCCUCGCUCAUCCAGCUCUCGAUGACGACCGGCUUCGUGAUCGUCUCCUGCGUGGGCCCGUUCGUCUCGUACAAGACACUGGCGAUCAUUGGGCUGGCGUCGCCGCUGGUGGCCGUGGCGUGCUUCGCCUGGAUGCCCGAGUCACCCUACUACCUGCUGGCCGUGGGGAAGGACGCCGCCGCGGAGAAGGCGCUGCGAUGGCUGCGGAACCCGGACCGCGACAUCAUGUGGGAACUGCGUCAGAUGAAGAAAGCCGUUGAGGAGUCCAAGCUGAUCGAGCCCUCCGUGCUGGACUUGUUCCGGUCGCGCCGCUGCCGCCGCGCGCUGGCCAUCUCGCUGGGCGUGGUGUGCGCCGAGCAGAUCCAGGGCAUCAACGCGGUGCUCUUCUACACGCAGAGCAUCUUCAUCGCGGCAGGUGGUUCCGUCAGCGACAUCGUAGCGCCCAUGAUCAUCAACGGCACCAUGUUCGUGGUGUCGUGCUUCGCUCCCUUCCUGGUGGACCGAAUGGGUCGCAGGCGGUUGCUUCUCUUUUCUUCUACCGGCAUGUGUCUGGCAUUGAUUCCUUUGGGCGUAUUCUUCGUUUUAAGCGACGCAAAGCAGGAUGUGGAGAGCAUCGGAUGGAUUCCCGUCACAGCCCUAAUCUUCUACAUUAUGGUCUAUUCGCCAGGUUACGGCUCCCUAUCAUUCACGGUAUCUGGCGAAGUCUUCCCACCCAACGUGAAGAUCGUGGCGAUGCCGAUGGCCGCAUGCGUGUCUUGGUUCAUGUCCUUCAUAGUCACCAGGUUCUACGAAGACAUCGCCCUCGCAGUGGGAAACGGGGGUCCCUUCUUCGUGUUCGCGGGAUGCGCACUACUCGUAAUGAUUUACGUCUACUUUGUGGUGCCGGAGACGAAGGGGAAGACCCUUGAGGAAAUACAAGAGAUGCUCGGCGAGGAGAAGGGCGCGCCCGUCGGACCUGUGCUGCCAGCGAUCGGUAGUUAGAGAACUCUGUUGUGGGAUAUUCUGUGCCGGGAGCUGCUUCGUUAUGUGGAAGUGUUAGUAGACAGUGGCCUCUUCUUGUGUUAUUAUGUCCAGAGUUGCCAAUACUUCGAUGGAGCACCUCAAGAAGAAGAAGCAUGCAACGCUGUUACUAGGGAAUUAUUUCAGAAGUAAGAACACAGAAAAUGCACCGUCUGUUUCAUUAUUAGACGUGAUCUAUACGUGUAGUGGCUCAGAGGGAGAUAGUUCAAAGUGUGAACAGUUGAAGUCGACAUUUACGACAGAACGUGACGCUACGUAGCUGUCUAAUUACAUUCGCUUGGAACCGAGAUGACUUGAAUUGACUUUGAGAAAGAUCCCCCCAUCAGCGCCACGACCAGUUCCUUUCUCCCACACUCAGAACUCCUUCUCCAAAGGUGUCAUCGGGAUGCUAAGCUAUAGCCAUUGAACUCUGCAAAGAUAUUUUAUGGCAGUGGAAUGUCUUCCAUGUAUCGCUAGUAGUUAACUUCCAGUGUCAAAAUGACACAUUCUGUACUCCAGUA